AUCUACGUAGAGGAAGGAGAUUUCUGGAUUGAUGAGACACUGGUUCAGCUAUCAUGAUCUUGUUUUCUCAGCCAGACAUCUGUGGAAAGAGGAGGAGGUUCUCAAUGAGCCCAGCAACCAAGAGGAAAACUCCACUUUAGAUCAAGAGGAAAAAGAACCUCUGCAGAUAAAACAGGAGCAAGAAGAACCAGAACCUGUGCAGAUAAAAAAGGAGCAAGAACCAGAACCUCUGCAGAUAAAACUGGAACAAGAGGAACCAGAACCUGUGAAGAUAAAACACGAACAAGAACCAGAACCUCUGCAGAUAAAACAGGAGCAAGAAGAACCAGAACAUCAACAGCUCAAAGAGGAAAAGAAGCAACUCUGCAUCAGUCAGGAUGAAGAGCAUCUUGUGCUGAAACAGGAAACUUAUCACAUUUUGGUGAUUCCUUCUAAUGUGCAAAUAAUCCACAAUGAAACAGAACCACAGAGGAACCAACUCAUCUCUCAUGGCUCUGCUGAGGAUGAGAACCAGGAUCAGGAAGGAAGCAGUUCUGAAGACCCAGGAAAAAAGAGAGAUGAAGAACAGAAACAAAAAGAGAGAUGUCAGAAAACCAAACAGCCGAAAAGUAAAACUUGCAGUUCAAAACAAAAUACACCCAAGAAACCUCGCACUGACCCAAAAUUAUAUUCUUGUAAAAUUUGCGAUAAAACCUUUUCUCAAAAAAAUUCUGUGGCUCGACACAUGAAAAAUCACAUGGAGCGUUAUUCAUGUGCGACUUGUGGAAAACAUUUUGCUUACAAAUCUGAUUUAAAUAUUCACAUGAGGAUUCACACAGGUGAGAAGCCUUUUUCAUGUCCAAGUUGUGGAAUAAAAUACAAGCAAAGAGCCACUUUAAUUCGUCAUAUGAGAAUUCACACAGGUGUGAAGCCUUAUACAUGUGUGAGCUGUGGAAAACAUUUUAGUUGCCAAAGUUAUUUAACCUGUCAUAUGAAGAGUCAUACGGGUGAGAAGCCUUUUUCAUGUGUAGUCUGUGGGAAAGGUUUCUCUCGAAAAUCUAAUCUUUCUGUACACUUUAAAAUUCACUAGGUGAGAAGUCUUUCUCA